UGAUACAGUAAUGAAGCUCGCGCGAGUCUGCUUGUGAGGUGUGAUGUUGUUACAAUGACACUGAGCGUAUAAAGCACAAAGUGCCACUACUUCAAUCUCGACAGAAUAAGCCGCCAAGAUGACGAUGCCCUCAGAAGAGCGUCAUGCUUCACGUCAGAAACGACGGUUCCAAACAGAGCUCGACCGCCUAGCAGAAGUACCAACAGACUUCUUCAGCAUGGAAACGAAGCAAGCAAACCCAUACGCAUGGGUUGGCACAGUCAAGGGACCGUCGCACUCACCGUACGCCCACGGAAAAUACAAGACAAGAAUCGAGUUUCCGCAAGAAUACCCACGCCUACCGCCCAAGAUCAAAUUCGAAACCAAAAUCUACCAUCCGUGCGUUGACGAAGAGGGAAGCAUUGCUCUGCGGGCACUUUUGUUGCAUGAAUGGUCUCCUGUGAUGACGAUUGGGAAGUUGUUGCUGGACGUCGAGGUGGUUCUGAACGACCCAGAAACGGACAACGCGGUGGUGGAAAGAAAGAAAGGAUAUUGCUGUGGAGCUGCAGACGGACCGGGAAGAGUUUGAAAAGACGGCAAAGAGUUGGACAGAGCAAUAUGCAAUGGGCAAUGAGGAAGUUGAUACAGGGGUCAGGACGUAGUUAAGGCUCAGUGAUCCUGUGUCGGGUUUGGAGGAUCUUGGAAGAUGACGUCGAAUAUGCAGUUGACUCGUCAGAUCAUUGGAAGACGUAAUUCAUUGAUGCAAUAGUGAUGAUAUGGUGCGAAGACGGACGUUCUU